AUGAUCAACCAAUCCAAGACCAGUGACACACACUUCUGCUUUGAAUCCUCAAACACAUCAUGUCCUAAGUAUAUUUAUUCAACUGCAGUUCGUGCUUCUCUCUAUAUCUUAUUAGGGGCUGUUAUAAUUAUGACAGUAUUUGGAAAUCUUCUCGUCAUUAUUACUAUAGCUCAAAUGAAACAGCUCCACACUCCCACCAACUUCCUCGUCCUCUCUCUGGCUGUAGCUGACUUUCUUCUGGGAGCCAUGGUAAUGCCACCUAGCAUGGUUCGCUCACUGGAGACCUGCUGGUAUCUGGGAAAUGUGUUCUGUCGAAUCCACUCAAGCACAGAUGUCAUGCUGUGUUGUGCAUCCAUUUUAAACCUUUUAUUAAUUUCAAUUGAUCGAUACUAUGCUGUCUGUCAGCCUCUCCAUUACCACACUAGGGUCACAAAUUGUGUCACAGUUAUCAUGAUCCUGACCUUCUGGAGUUUGUCUGCUUUUAUUUUGUUCGGGAUGAUGCUUUUCAAUAUGAGCACCAGGAAUGCUGAAGAUAUUUACAGAAACAGUUUUCAAUGUGAGGGAAGUUGUUCUGUGUUGCAAAGCAGAAUGUCAAGUGUCAUAUCAUCUGUUUUAGGAUUCUUCACCCCAGCCCUUGUUAUUAUUGUCCUCUAUCUGAAAAUUCUUGUUAUUGCAAGAAGACAAGCCUGUUCCAUUCAAAGCAGAAUGUGUGCAAAUGUGAACUUAGAAAAGAAUAAACCCUCAAGGAACAAGGGAGAACACAAAGCCACAAGGACACUGGCAAUUGUUGUUGGUGUUUAUCUUGCUUGUUGGGCUCCCUGGUUUUUGUGCAAUUUGAUCAGUCCGGAUGUAGUGAUUACAUCUCCUAUCUUUACAGAGAUGCUUAUAUGGCUUGCCUAUUUCAACUCAGCAAUAAAUCCUGUAAUUUAUGCUUUCUCUUUCAGUUGGUUUAGAAAGCCCUUUAAUUUUUUUUUAAAGAAAAUAUAUCAAUUUCAAGGAACAUUGCAAUUUACCAUGUAA